GGAAACAGUGUAUGGCUGCAUGACACUGUAUACCGACUCAUUAGUUACAUUGUCCGCCUGGCAUGUUAACAUUCAACGCAGUGAACUGUUUUCAGAGUCUGACAAAUAUUGUUAAAUUCGGAUACAAAAAGAAACACUGACUUCUUUAUCUGCGGGGAAACAUGAAAGUGCCCGGCUAAAUCAAGCGUUCUGCGGUGAGAAGCCAGCCUGGGGAGGUGCUGGAAGAUCAAUAACCGAAUUCUAUCCUGAGUAAAAACAAAGAAAACACCUAAAUGGCAUCUUUGGAGCAGAACACAAGCGCACUGCGCUUACUGUCAACAAGUGGUGAAAAAACGCCGUCGUUCCCAUCGUGCUCACCGCCGGAGAACGCGGCGGAAACGCAGAUCAGACAAGAGGUCUCUGCUGAAACCAUGUGUUUGAGCAGGAGACGACUGAAGCACAUCGAGUACAGUAUUUUGAAGAUUUCUGCGAUUAAACAUUUAUAUCUUGAAGGAAAUGAAAUUUCCAUCCUUCCUGGCACCUUGUUUAGUAGCUUGCCAAAUCUGGUGUGGCUGGACCUAAGGAACAAUCAGCUCUCCCAACUCCCCCCUGAAAUAGGACAGCACAGUGUUCUGAAAACGCUCCUCUUGGAAGGAAAUCCCAUUACUGAACUUCCAUUGGAACUGGGGAAUCUGGUCACGCUGACAGCACUGAGUCUGAGGCACUGUCCCAUCGUGUUCCCGCCCCAGGCCGUCCUGUGUGAGGGGGUGCAGUGCAUCCUCCACUUCCUGAGAAGAGCCAUGGUCGAGCGGCCGAUCAGCAGGAGAAAAGCUGCCCCAGCUCUGCCAGAGGUGCCCCUGAUGGAGAGCCUGCAGCUGAGCUCCCUGGACUGCUCUGAGGACAUGAGCGACUCCGAGGAGCAGCAGACCUUCCAGCGGCUCAGGCACAGGAUGAUGCAGAUGGAGAGGGCCGAGUUCGGGCAGGGGGCCCCUGGACAGCGCGCUGAGGGGUUUUCACGAGGCCGGGCCCCGCCCAACACACGGAGGAAAAUGGAGCUGCCGAAGGGCACCUUUCCUGACCUGCUCCUGUGCAACGCCCGCCACUGGACGCGCUCGGAGGAAGGCAGACGAGCCGCCACUCGGAAGAUGAAGGAAAAGCAAGAACUGCUCGAACAGCGAAGAAAAGACCAGGCGCUCCUGCGUCAGUGGAGGCUAGAGGCCCGGAUCAGGCAGGAGAGGGGAGUCCUGGAGAGCGGGAGGAGAAGAGCAGAGGAGGUGCUGAAGAAGGCUCCCUAUGCAACAGAGCCUCCAAAUAAAAUGGAGGAAAACGCAGAGUCUCUUACCCACAAUGCACUACAGCAAGAGCCCAGAAAGAAAUCACUGGGAUCUCUGCUGGAACUGGACGAAACGAGAGUGGCCCGGGACAAGGACCUGGAGCAAAGGAUCCGAACACACGUCCAGAUGAUGCAGGAGAGGCAGAGGAGGCCCCGGGGCUCGGCGCGGGAGGAGAUGGAGGUGAAAAUGUUAGAGCAGGAAGCUGCAGCAGAACAGAAGCAGGAACAGAAGCAAGCUUACCGAUUCACCGCUUUCACUGGGGAGGAAUCACCAUGAAGUCGUGCUCUCUCUACAUGCUGCUAUUCCAGUACUGUGUUAAACUGUGUCAUAUCAAACCGCAGCCAAGCCAUGAGAGCAGAUCUGGCUCUCUUGGCAUGCUAAUCUCCCUCUGUCGGAGAAGGGAACUAUGGAAGCCAGCUGCUCCUUUCUGUUACUGAUGUUGAUGACAGGUGACGCUGAAUUGUUUGUGAUAUUACAAAGGUGAAAUGAGUGUUGUAAUGUAUUGUAUGAAGGUAUUUCUGACAUAAUAUAACCAUUGUAGAACAUUAUUUA